AUGCAAAUCCUCUCGGACAACGACCACCCACGAUCCCAGACGCCUGUCACCGACGCAUCAAUGUCCACCCAGGUUGUCACCUCCACACCCCACCCCGUUGGGCCUCGUCCCGCCCGUGAGCUUGACACAGAGACGGUACACACGACCCUCCCGAAAGACCAAAUACCUGUCGCCGUCGCCGAGAUACCCUGCGUCUCUGAUGUGGCCUGCGAUACCAUUGACGACCAGAGGCAGCGGUCCCGCACGCCCCCCGUAGAUGAACCAUUGGCGAAGCGACGCAAAACCUCCAAUGUGGUUACAGUCGAUAUGGACGUCGGCUUUCGUGAUGGCCUCUUUUGGUGGUCGGACGGAAACGUCGUCGUCCGUGCGGGAUCCAUUCUAUUCAAACUCCAUCGCUCCCGGCUGUCCAUGUUUUGCGGGUAUUUCCGCCAGCUUCUCGACGCCGGAGGUGAAUCCGCAACCUCCCGGGAGUGCAUCGACGAUUGCGAUGUCUACGAUGUCCCCGGCUCGAUUACGGCCAGCGAAUUCAAGUCCUUCCUGUUUGUGCUUGAGCACCCAAUGCCCUUCGAACCCCAUGUGCAUUCGACUCAGGCGGUCGCGAUCCUACGAGCCGCGAUCGCUUUAUCGAGUGUGCCGAUCAUCUCGAUCGCCAAAAGAUAUCUCUCCACUAUGUGGGACUCGACUUUAUGCCCGCCACCCACAACGAGGAAUCCCCAGCUCUCGUUCGACGGGGCCGUAGCCGUAGUCCGGAUCGCCCGCGAUUGCGACAUGGCCGACACUCUCAGGCUCGCCUAUUACGAGAUCCUCGCGAGCGCGGAAUUCGACCUCGAACUACAGUCCAAUGGCCCAUCGAAGAAGUUGACAGAAGAGGAACUACGCCGCCUUAAGAAAUCGCGAAAUCACCUUCGACACAUAUGGCUCAAGUAUUGCUUGGAGUGCGGACCACACAACGGCUCUCCAUCCGUACCGGCUCGUUGCGCCGCCCUCGAGGCGGGUUGCCCCCUCACUUCGUGCUGUGUUGACGCUGCGGGCGAACCGCUCAGCGGGGCAGCCCGAGAGGCCAGGUGGUUUCGGUACGUGUUGGAGGAGCAGCUCAAGGUCCAUGAGUUGCUGGAUCCCUAUCGUUACUUCACAGACGAGAAGCGCAAGCAUUUGGAGAUGGCGUGCGCGUGCUACUCACCCAAGUUCACGUCCGUCUACCGCUGCCGCCUCCGCCUCCAGCUUUCCGCCUUCCGCCUUCCGCCUAUCAGCCUCCCGCCGCCGCCGCCCGUCUCGCUGUCCUCCGCAUCGUCUCCGCGCACCUCGCGUUUCAUCCCUCUCCUUCUCGCGCUCGUCCUCUCCUCUCGCGCCGGGCCGACUUCCCGUGGUACAAGCUCGAAGAGCCCGCACGCGAUUCCCUUCACGUCCCCUUUCGCGCGCCUCCCGGCGUUAGCGUCCCAUCACCGGUUGCGCGGCGUGGUGUCUGACCGAGCAAGGGAGUGGCAUACGCUCUGA